AUUACUGGACAACCUGGCGAUCCACCUCCAAUCCAUCCGCCAUCAACAAUAGCUAACCUUUAAGGAGCGCAAGGAGAAAAGGUAUCAUGGAAGACUCGGUCACCCUCGCAGAAGCUACCACGGACAUCCAGCCGAUCGCCAGUCAUAGACCGGAUGCCAAGACGAGGCGGUACGACCGUCAACUCCGACUAUGGGCUUCCUCUGGCCAAAAGUCUCUCGAAGAAGCCAACGUUCUUCUGGUCGGGUGCGAUGCGGCGGGUUGUCAGGCCUUGAAGAAUCUGGUCCUGCCUGGAAUUGCCCAGUUCACGAUCCUCACCGCAUCCAAAGUCACAGCAGGUGAUAUUUCUACCAACUUCUUCCUAUUAUCAGAAAGUCUCGGGGGAAGUCUGGCAGAGGAGGCUGUUAGGCUGCUGAAGGAACUCAACCCCUCGGUCCAAGGCCACCCCGACCCUCGAUCCGCCGAACAGGUCCUCGAAGAGGAUCCGGCUUGGUUCAGGUCGUUCGGGUUGGUCAUCGUCUGCGGUUCGGGUGAGGAUGCGGACGUAGGCGCCGAGGUCACGAGAAGGAUAGGGAAGGCGCUUUGGGAAGGUGGACAGGAAGACACACCGAUGAUCUCCCUGAGGACGUCUGGAUUCGUUGCCAAGGUCAGGACGCAGUUCCGGGAACACUGCGUAAUCGACACUCACCCGGAUCAUUCGCACACGCUCCGAAUCGACACCCCGUUCAAAGCGUUGGAGGAUUACGCACUCGGUCUGGAUCUGGAUUCGAUGGAUUCGAUGGAACAUUCGCACGUACCAUACGUCUUGUUACUGGUCCGCGCUUUGAGGACUUUCGAGAAAGAAAAUGACGGGAAACGACCGACUUAUGAUACGACGGACGCCUUUAAAGAGGUCUUGGCACGCGAACGCAAGGCUGUGGAUGAGGAGAAUUUCGCCGAGGCUGAGGGGCAGGUGUUUGCGGUUACGCAAGUCAGCGAGGUGCCAGCGGGAGUGAAGAGCUUGAUGGACGAUCCAUCUUGUGAGGGGGUGUCAAAGGAUUCUAAGGACUUCUGGCUGCUCGUCAAGGCGCUCAAAGCGUUUGUCGCCCACCCGGAGAACAAGUCCGGCCUGCUCCCCCUUUCAGCAUCUCUACCGGACAUGCACACGUCGACGGCAUCGUAUAUCAAUCUGCAGAACCUGUACAAGAAGCAAGCUAUGGCGGACGCGACCUUGUUCAAGAGCUGCUUGAAAGAGGUCUUGAGCGAGGUCGGGCUGGAUGGAGAGGCCAUUUCGGAGGGUGAUGCGGACGACUUCGUCAAGCACUGUCAUACGCUCCUUUGCGAACGAGGGAGUCAGCCCAAGGAGGAGUUGACGGCCGAGGACGUUGCGGAUGAUUUUCUGAUGGAGACGUUCGACUUGACUCAUGGCGUUGCGCUCAAUAUCGCUUUCCACCUCGCCGAGAAACACCACCUCAAAACAGGCACUUGGCCGGGAACGGUCGAAGACGAAUAUCAUACAGUAAAGGCGCAAAUGUUCGACCAGGCCAAAGCGAUCCUGGGGAUGCCCGAACUGGGCUCGAAUGUGGACAGGGACGACGAUGGUAGGUUAUACAUCAGGCCUGAACAAGACGAGGAUGAUAUGGACGAGGAGACGGAGGAGGAUGUGGAACGGAGGGAGGAGACGAGAAAGGCCAAGAUCGUGCAGGAUAGCAUUUGCGAGAUAUGUCGCGGCGGGAUGAAGGUCUUGCCCACCACAGCUGCCCUUGUCGGCGGACUCGUAGCGCAGGAAGCGAUCAAGCUCAUCACCAAGCAGUAUUCGCCUUUGAACGGAACCUGCAUUGUGGACCUGGUCAAGGGCGGGAUGACGAGGUACCCCAUCUAAGCUGCCUGACGAGCUAAAUUACGAACCUAUAACGAACGAUCAGGCCGGCUCGAUUAGCGGGCGACUACUAUGGUCGAUAUCCCUGUAAAGCUUGUAUCGAUGUACAAACUUGUAGCCUACAGGCGGGAAUUGACAUAUGAUGAUAGGAGCUAUAUAUGUGUAAGGGCUA